UUGAAAACUUUACACAUGUCAGGCAUCGAACGAUGACGUCAUCUACACGAGCAAUCAAACUGCGUCUCUGGUCUGGUUACGAACAUGAGGAGUGUUGACGAGAUUAAGACGAUGUGGAGAAACGCAAAAGGACGAGUAAAAGAAAAGGUAGAUAAAAGUAAAAUGACUGGUGCUGGUGUGAUUGAGCCCCUAACAGCAUGCGAAGAGUUCGUUAGCAACCACAUGUACGCUAACAAUCAGUGCCAGUUGCUAGGGAUUCCCGGAGGAUCAGAAACAGCCACUUAUGUUGCACAGUCAUUACCAAGCGGCCAAGAGAUAACCAGAGACGAUGGUCUGAUCGUGCUACACCUUGACGACAACAUGAACAUCUCGGAUAUAAUACAAACCCCAAGCCCAGUGCGAGAUGAACAAGAUUGUGAUCGUCAGGCGGCAGAAAAGAAGCCGAUGUUAAAAGGGAAUAAAAGCACACUGAAAAGGAAAGGAGAAAGAACGGAGGAUUUGUACGAUCUUGAGGAGCAGCGCUUGAACGCUGAAUUAAAAUCAUUUAGGGCCUAAGAGAGGUAUUGGACGGAAAAUAACAAAAGGGAGGCAGCAGUUCAUGAACUUAACAUUGAACUUUUGA